CAAAAUCUUGUACAGUCCCCAAGUGAGUGAUGUUGAAUGCUGCAGUGUCUUCAAAUCCCGCCACUGUAACACAAAAAUUCGUAACCUUUCUGGCAAAAUGCAAAUCGAUUUCAGAGUUCAAGAAACUCCACGCCUUGUUAAUAACUUGUGGAAUUUACAAAGAAACCCAAUUUUAUUCAAGAAUCCUUAAUUUCACAGCACUAUCUGAUUCCUCAAACAUAGGCUAUGCUCAUAACAUUUUCCUACAAACUGAAAACCCAACACUCUUUGAUUAUAAUACUCUAAUAAGGGGUUAUUCUAACAGCAAAAACCCAUGUAAAUCUUUGUCUUUAUUUGUUGAAAUGUUGCAAAAUGAGGUUGUCCCUGACCACUUUACAUACCCUUUUGUUGUUAAGUCAUUGGCUAAGUUGUCUGAUGUUAGAAUUGGUAGGAAUGUUCAUUGUUGCGUUUUGAAAACUGGGUUUGAUGAUGACUUGUAUAUUUCGAAUUCUUUGAUUCAUAUGUAUGGUUCUUGUGCUGAUGUAUUGAGCGCGAGGAAGGUGUUUGAUGAGAUGCCUGUGAAGAAUUUGGUUUCAUGGAAUUCAUUGUUGGAUGGAUAUGGGAAAUGUGGGGAUGUUGUUUCGAUGAGGGAGGUGUUUGAUUCGAUGAUAGAGAGAGACGUUGUGUCGUGGAGCUCGUUGAUUGAUGGGUAUGUUAAGGAUGGGGAAUACUCUGAGGCGUUGGCGGUGUUUGAGAAAAUGAGAUUGCAAGGGCCGAAAGCGAAUGAGGUGACCAUGGUGAGUGUAUUGGGUGCUUGUGCUCACUUGGGUGCGCUUGAGCAAGGGAGGGCGAUGCACGGGUACGUGGUUGAGAAUAGGUUGCCUAUGACUUUAGUGUUGAGGACGUCGCUCGUUGAUAUGUAUGCUAAGUGUGGUGCAGUAGAGGAGGCAUUGGUUGUGUUUCGUGAAGCUUUAGGGAGAAAAACUGAUGUCUUGAUUUGGAAUUCCAUGAUUGGAGGUUUGGCAACACACGGGCUGGUUACUGAGUCUCUCGAGUUGUACAAGGAAAUGCAGGUUUUAAAAGUUAGACCAGAUGAGAUUACAUACCUGUGUCUUUUAUGUGCUUGUGCUCAUGGCGGACUAGUAAAGGAAGCUUGGUGUUUCUUUGAUUCUCUCAGUAAAGAUGGCAUGAAAGCAAAGUGUGAGCAUUAUGCCUGCAUGAUGGAUGUAUUAGCACGUGCAGGUCGUUUAACAGAAGCUUACCAGUUUCUGUGUAAAAUGCCUAUGGAACCAACUGCUUCCAUGUUAGGUGCGUUACUUAAUGGCUGCAUCAACCAUGGAAAGUUAGAUCUUGCAGAAAAAGUAGGGAAAAAGCUUAUUGAAUUGGAGCCAUUUCAUGAUGGUAGAUAUGUUGGGCUAUCAAAUGUGUAUGCGCUUAAAAAGCGCUGGGGUCAAGCUAAAGCGAUGAGAGAAGCCAUGGAUACCCGGGGAGUGAAGAAAAUUCCUGGUUUCAGUGUUGUGGAGAUCUUUGGAUCUCUUCACAGAUUCAUAGCUCAUGAUAAAGCACACCCUGAAUCGGAUCAAAUCUACAUGAUUCUAGAUUUUGUUUUGUGGCAAAUGAAGCUAGAUAAUGAUUGUGAAGAGCAAGAACAAUUGUUUAUGUGAUAUCAAUCAAGAAUCAGUAUUGGAGAUGGCUGCAGUGCACUACAGAUGAAUGGCAAAUGAUGGAUAACACUUGCCAGUCAGAGUGAUAUGUCACUAUAGGAUCAAGAUCGUGCAGUUCCUUUAUGGGCAGCUAUAAGGUGGACGACCACCUAUAGGUGGUAGGCGACAUAGUACUACUCAGAUUGUGGCCAAUCUUCCUCACUGCGUCUGAGCAUGUCUUGGAGCGCGUUAAACUCCUACCUUGUUUUGACUGAAAUAAGUUUACAGUUUGAAAACCAAGAUUCACAGCAUAUGUCAAACUUGCAUUGCCAAAAUAGCUUGAUGAAAUACAAUGUAGCUCCCUUGAUAGAUACAUACCUUUGAUAUUGGCGGAGCUAUUGAUGGACGUCAUCUUCAUUGAAAAUGAUUGUUGCAGUCACAGAAAUUGGGAUAGAGUUACUUGUAGAAAUCUCCAACUAGAAGGAAGCUCAUGCACAAUUCGAUGGAACAGAGGCCAUUGUCUUAAUAUAACUGAUAGGUUAGGGGAUGCAUGGUUAUAUAAGCUCAAUUAGAAAGCAGAACUUUUUCCACUUCUUGCAAAUGUGAGAUUACCAUUUGGCUGAAAUGAUAUAUUUAUACUGUUACCACUUCCAAUGACACACUAUCCGAUUCUGAUGUAGUAAGUAUAAUACAUAACUACAGCCAGGCUUC